CAUCUGUGUACGCCCUAGAAUGGCUCUAGAUAUUGUGGCCAUCGAUUGGAAAAUAAUGGAUUACCUAGAUCUGAAUCAUUCGCCUCAAUUCGUCAGAUAAGGUUUAGUGUGCAGCAGGCGAAAAUUUUCAAAGGCGUAAGCAUACAAGGGAACAACAAAUCAGGAAGAAAAAUAGGCAUUCGAAGAAGGUUUAUAGAAGAAGCAUUAUAAAUCAUAGGCUCCGUCGGAGAGAAAUGAAAAUAAAUAAGGAAUUGUGGGGCUCUCGCGCAAGAGCUGAAGAAUAAGUGAUCGCAGGAGGGUGAAGAAGAGGAAGGCUCAGCAGCCUUUAACAAAACAACAUACACCUAUGCAAGUGGAAGCGUUAUUGCGAGUUGAAGAAACCAGAAGAAAUCGUGACGAAGAAAACGAACCAGUGGAGGAAAAAAAUCUGAGAGUCGAGAAGGUGUGGAAGUGGAAUGAAUAAACAUACUUUAAGGUAGAGCCCAAAAGGCCAACGUAGCUGAAGAGCACUGCCGAAGAGAGAAUCGGCUAACCGAUAAUUACAACCAGUGUAAAGUGUCUGGAAGAUAAAGGCAGAAAAAACAGCGCUACAAAACAAAACAAAAUACGAAAAGAGACGAUAAAAAAGUUGAUUAAAAUUUAUAUUCUUCUUUUUGUAUACUGUUUAAUUGGUCACUUGAGAAGAGCGCCGAGUUCAAAAUUUGCAACCACCACCCUUUUCGCGGUUUGUCUCUCGUUAUAUUCUUGCUGUGUGUUACUUUUGUGUUCACCGUCCACUUAACCACGCACUUUUGGCAGGCGACUCCUCUCGUGGCUCUGCUCACACACAACAGCGCAACAAUUAAGAUCGUUCAUAAAUUAGAUCGCCGCUCCAAAAAUGGCCACCCUGGGCCUUUCGAAGGUGUUCAUACUGGACAAGUAUUUUACCGAGCUGCAAAAGUUUUGGGAAACCGAGAAGAAGUUGCAAGAUGCAUCCUCAUCAAACGAGGCCGUCCACCUACAACAGAGACUGAAGAGCCUUAGCUCUGAACUGGUAACUUUAAGGAAUCGUCUUCACACCGGUGCCGGACAGACAACACCGGCCUCAGCCGCUGCGAGCGGUCCCAAUGGUACCGUCUCCGUGAACAACUCCGUAAUCACGCCAGCCACAACGCCAAAUACUAACCCUCAAACGCUCGGUGGUCACGGAACGACGGCCACCAAUGGAAGUCCAGGGACAGGAGGAGGUCUCUCAGCGACGACAGUGGGUGCAAAUGGGAUCAACAUUCUGUCACACCUGAACUCCACUACCAACGGUGCCAGCUGCAAUAACAACACCACAAAUGGCAAGAGCCCAAUGAUAGUGACACCAGCGCAAUGCAUACCUCCAAACAGCACCACACUGAACCACCCGAGUAAUGUCAUACCACUAGUUUCACCAAGAAAUACCUCGAUACCAUACCCACUGCCCCAUCACAACAGCACCGGAACGAUACUUCUAGGAGACACAGUACAAUGCGGUAUUGGUGGUGGAGGAGGAGGAGGUACCGGUGGAGCAAAUGCCGGCUUAACAGGUGGCGGAACACUUCCACGGAGGACGACAGUCGGAUUCAAUGGCAAAAAUCAGAGUCUUCUGGGCACCGGAUUUGGCGGCGCUGCACAUCUCAUUUCCUCAGGUGGUAUCGCUGGGGGUCCCGGAGGUGGCACAAUCAUUGGAGGAACCCUCACGCAUCACUUGCAUGGAGGAGGAGGCCGGCCCGAUGGGAGUAAUGGUGGAAGUGGAGGGACCACUAGUGGAACCGGCUCGGCUGCAAAAACGGUCAAACUGGACGAUCUGAUACACCUGCCAGGACCGCUAACCGAGGAUGCCGUGAUGCGAACGCUCCAAACCAGAUUCAACGAGGGGAAGUUCUUCACAAACGUCGGCCCUAUCCUGCUCUCCGUUAACCCAUACCACGAUGUCGGCAAUCCGCUAACUCUGUCGUCGACGCGUUCCGUUCCCUUAGCACCUCAACUACGCAAAAUAGUACAAGAAGCCGUCCGCCAGCAAGCGGAAACAGGCUACCCUCAAGCAAUUAUCUUAUCAGGCACCUCCGGUUCUGGCAAAACGCACUGCUCGAUGUUGCUCCUCCGGCAGCUAUUCGCAGUAGCCGGAGGAGGUCCCGAAACCGAUGCAUUCAAACACCUAGCUGCCGCUUUCACCGUACUGCGAUCACUCGGAUCGGCCAAAACCUCGACCAACUCUGAAUCGAGUCGGAUUGGUCAAUUUAUCGAAGUACAAGUAACAGACGGAGCACUCUAUCGGACCAAGAUACACUGCUACUUUCUGGAUCAAACCCGUGUCAUAAGGCCACUGCCGAACGAGAAAAACUAUCACAUCUUCUACCAAAUGCUAGCUGGACUGAAUGCAGAAGAGUGUGCUCGACUGAAUCUCGAAGGUUAUUCACCGGCCAACCUGAGGUACCUACAGAAUGGCGAUAUCCGACAGGACGAACAGGAAGAUGCUGCACGGUUUCAGGCAUGGAAAGCAUGUUUGGGUAUUCUCGGUAUUCCUUUUCUCGACGUGGUACGGGUCUUGGCGGCGGUCUUACUACUAGGCAACGUGCAGUUUGUGGAUGGGCAGGGCCUCGAAGUGGAAGUGAGUGGUGAAACGGAACUCAAUGCAGUUGCCAAUUUGCUUGGGGUUCCUCCGGCGCAGCUAUUUCGCGGGCUUACCAUUCGAACGCACAAUGCACGUGGUCAGCUGAUAAAAUCGGUGUGCGAUGCAAACAUGUCCAAUAUGACGAGAGAUUCUCUCGCGAAGGCACUCUACUGCCGAACGGUGGCGACGAUCGUGCGGAGAGCAAACAGUCUGAAACGCUUGGGUUCAACUCUGGGAACGCUCAGUUCCGAUAGUAACGAAUCGGUGCAUAAUCAAGCGGAAGUUGCAAGUCAACAUGCGUCCACUAUUGGUGGCAAUGCGGGUUCCAAAUCGAUGGCUGCCCUGAACAAUGCAGUGCGCCACGCAACUGAUGGAUUUAUCGGCAUUCUGGACAUGUUUGGAUUCGAAGAACCUCGCCCGGCUCAGCUGGAGCAUCUCUGCAUCAAUCUAUGCGCUGAAACAAUGCAACAUUUUUACAAUACUCACAUCUUCAAAAGUUCGGUCGAAUCGUGCCGGGAGGAGGGAAUCAUCUGCGAUGCGGAAGUGGAUUAUGUGGACAACGUGCCGUGCAUCGAUUUGAUUUCCUCGCUUCGGACUGGCUUGCUGAGCAUGCUGGAUGCUGAAUGUUCGGUUCGCGGAACGGCAGAGAGCUAUGUGGCAAAGAUCAAAGUACAGCACAGGAACUCUGCACGCUUGGAACAACGGCCUUCGGAGCCGUACGAUCCGAGGAUGUUUGCCAUAAGACACUUUGCUGGACGCGUUGAGUAUGAUACGACGAACUUUCUGGACACGAACCGUGAUGUUGUGCCGGACGAUUUGGUGUCAGUCUUCUACAAACAUACGUGUAACUUUGGGUUUGCAACGCAUCUAUUUGGAACGGAACUGAAAGCACUCUAUGCACAGGAGAAUGUACCUCGUGGUUUGAGUUUCAGAAUUGCACCCACUUCACAUACCGACUUGCUAAAUGGAGAUGAACCGGUUUCGACUCUGACACAGGACUUCCAUACCAGAUUGGAUAAUUUGCUAAGGACAUUGGUGCAUGCACGACCGCAUUUUGUACGGUGUAUUCGCAGUAACACUGUAGAGAAGGCUGGUGUAUUCGACCGUAGCACCGUGGUGCGACAAAUUCGCGCCCUUCAGGUGCUAGAAACCGUGAAUUUGAUGGCCAGUGGUUUUCCACAUCGUAUGCGCUUCAAGCAGUUUACCGCUCGAUAUCGAAUGUUGGCACCGUUCCGACUGCUCAGACGCUGCGAGGAGAAAGCUUUAGAAGACUGUAAAUUGAUUUUGGAUUUUGCACUCGAGAACCCACCUGAGUUGGAUGGAUCGGUAACGUUGUCGUGGGCACCGGGUAAAAGGCAUGUCUUCCUGAGUGAAGGUAUUCGGCAACAUUUGGAACACCUAAGGACUGAAGUUCGAAUGAAAAGUGCCACGGUCAUACAGUCAACAUGGCGUGGAUGGAAUCUGAGGAAACGGUUGGGCACCAUCAGAAGGUCUCAUGAAAUCAAACUAGUUGGAAAUGGGCUGCUAACGUUGAACAAGAGUACGGGUAAGUUCGGAAUAAUAUCAGUUGCUGAAUGGAUUACAAAGAUUUUAAUUUGGUGUAUUUCAGCUUCAAGACCAAGUAACACAGGACCGACUGCCAAAGCCAAUAAUACAGGAACUGCAACGAGACCUAGGCCACAGCCGAUUGCUGGAACACCGCCACCUGACCCGAAUGAGAAAUGUGACUCCAAGAUAAUUGCCCAAACCUGUACUCUGUUCGGACUUGAUCUGGAACGUCCUCCACCGGUGCCACCGUCGCGGUCAUACACCGUCACAGGAAACUCCAAACUCGGUUACCCGCAAACGCGAAUCAUGAAAAUGAACUUUCCCGAGGAUUCGGCCACUUCAUCCGUUGGUGAACAGCUGCGUAAAGGAGAAGCUGUCACGGUUACCGGAGCUUCGCAUCGGCGAGGCCAUCUGAUCGUCGAACACAACGGCAUUAGUUUGCACGUUCCCUUCCAGUAUAUGGAACUGGUCAAGACUACGACUUCACCGCCACCACCUACAGGUGCUGCUGUCAAUAUCUAAUCUGGACAAUCCACAUCAAAACACACGUUGCCACACGUUUGUACUAUCGAUCAGCCUCAUACGCUAAUCUAAACUAUAUCCUCAAGUCUUCCAAUUCACAAAACGCUACUUCAACCACAGGUUAUUUAAACAUCGAUAGUCGUUAAUCUUUCAUCGAUAGCAUUUUUAUCCUAGACGGUAAGGCAUUUCAGAGAACAGAACCUUUUAUACAACAUUAUAUUUACCAUUUUAUCAACGUAAUAUCAUGUAUUUAAUACAAACGGUAAUAAGUACUACACCCUAGGACUGAUAAGUAUCUGUAAGACUUAGCCGAUAAGGAGAACAGCCUCUUUACAAACUGAUUAUUUGCAUAAGUAAACCAUACUUUAUAGAAACGUUGAUUCUAUGAGGAUUCUUCAGUGCCAACUAUGUUCUGUUUAGAAAGUGACUUGUUUAAGUACAUGUCUUCUACCAUUGAUUAUUGACCUCACAGUCGUUUCAUGGCAAAGACUAUCCUGGGUUCAUUCACAACGAAAUAGGACUUUAAGUAUUACGUACACUCAUACAAAACCACACACAGCUAAAAACGAGAUUCUUGUUUACCCGAUAGAACCGAAGUUAAUAA